AUGAGUCCACAAUGGAUACCGCAUAAUAUCCAGAAGCGAUUACUACUUUACGUUUUGAAUCAGCUUUCGCUCUUUUCGGAGGUGGAUCUACCCAACCUUGAGGAAGUGUCGUUGAACAACAUCACCUUGCGAGAUGUCAUGAUAGACCCAGAGAAGGCGGGCAAGCUACCGGGGUUCAAUCUAAGAUACGGGAAGUUGGGCAGCAUGGAGCUAGCGACCAUCUCGGGCAUCAGCGGGGUCAGGAUAGAUGUCAAAGAUGCCGAGUUGGUGAUAUCGCCAGACUUGGACGAGAGCGACGCGGGCACUUCUUCGCAAUUCCUGCUUGCGCGCAGCACGGCAGAUUUGGCCAACACAUUGAUGUUGGAUGAAGAUGAAGAUGAAGGUGAGGACCAAGAUAACGAUGAAGAUAAGGGCAAAGAUGAGGAUAAAGAUAAUAAACUUGAUGCUGAUGUCAAGGCAAUUGAUAGCGACAAUGACUCCGAUGAAGAGGAACCGAAAAAGCCUCCAGCGUCGAGAAGGCGAAGCUCGACAGUGUCGAAUAAGUCGUCCACCUUGGGCAGUGUCAUGCAAAAGGCAGUGGAAAUGGCUCUCCUGAGGCUACAGAUUGCCAUCCACAGAUUGUCACUCAAAAUUGUCACCGAGCUGGCAGACGUCUUGCUAGAAAUCAGCGAGGUGUUAAUCAAUACCGUGAAUGGAACGAGGGAGAUUAGCAUUAGGGCAAUUGCAAUAAAGACCUUACGACCAGUCGUUGAUGGCCAGAGGACGCAAGAGAAGCCGGUCCCUGCUAAUUCAAACGACAAGGAGAAAAAAAAGAAUGAUGAUGAUGACGAUGACGACAAUGACGACGACGACGACGACGAGGAGAACGGAUAUGGGGAGGAGUCUUUGAUGGAUAGCAUGGUGUUUACACACGAAGAGGCAAGCUCGAUUUACAUGAGCGCCACCUCUCAAUCAUUUGAACAUCGAACAGAUUCUUUCCAAGAGGGUCCCUUGGAUAACAAGCAUGCCGCAGACGAGCAUAAUCAUGACCCACCAACUAGUCUAUACAUCAACAGCUGUGAAGUUUCCUUUGAAGGCUUGCUGCACAUCAGCAAUCUCGAAAUCGAAGUGGAUACCGUCAACAUCGCCAUGACUCCACUUUUGCCCACCUUGAAUUCGAUAUUGAGCGGCUUCACACGAACUUUGAAACUCAAAUGCAACCAGUUGAAAAAGAAAAAGUCCCCAAAAGCACCGCAGCGAAACGAGCGUUUCCCACAAUACUCGAGCGAAGAUGAUGACGUGGACGGCUCAAGCGAGGCCUCGGAGGACUCCGUGGAGGACGAGCCAGUUUUCAACAAGCUUGCUGUGGGGAGCAUCAAUAUUAGCACCGAUGCCGGAAUCGAUGUUGAUGCUGAAGGUGGAUUUUCCGACUCGGAUAGUGUCGUUAUCCUGUUGCAGGGCAUCAAUGUGGAGCUGAAGAACGAGUUGCUAUUUUUUGGCGGCGUUGAGAACAUUGUCAUCAAUAGAAGAGAAUCGCGUGGCACAACAGUGACAGUGUUUGCUUUUGAAAACAGCAACAACAGCAGCAGCGACAGGAACCGCUCGACGCGGUCGGCUUCUCCCCAAAGUGUUCUGUCGCAUGCCUCGGGAGGCAGCGCCUACGCAAAGUCGGACUUCAGGUUUGAAAUUUUUCAAAAAGCAGAGAGCGACGCGGGAUUGGAAUUGACGUUCUUGUUGGCCAAAACCGGGAGAUUGCAUUUAGACUUGCCGACCCUUGUCAGCUCGGCACGACUAGCUUUGUGCUUGGAGCAAGUUUUAAAAGAUUUUUCCUGGUUCAACGUUGCUCUAGACGAGUUUCAAAAGCUUCGCCAUGGCUCCCACUCUUCUAAGGAGACGCCAAGACGUGAAGUAUCCAGCAAGAGUCUAGUAAUAGUUCAGACCGCGUCAAUAGUUGUCAAUGUGGAACUUGGCAAUGGCGUUACUUUAAACUCUCGUGUCUUGCCCGUCAAGUACGAUUCUAAAAAGAGCCAAUUGGUGGUACCGGCAGUUUUCUGCAAUGCAGUAAUCGACGAAAGAGUUGUUGAGAAUGCGUUGUCUGUCAGCGAAAUAGUUGUGUUGUUAAAGGCAAAGGAGUUUAAAGCGUUUAUCCAGCAAGCCUCAAACUAUCCUCAGAAAUCUUACCCAACCCCGCGGGUCUCACACAUGGACUCGAAAUUAACUAUAUCUGUUGCAGAAAUAAUUUACUCAAUGUCGCUUAGUGAUGCGAGGAUGGUGUCAAAACAAUUGCAGGGAUUUAUUCAUAACAUCGCAGCUGCACUACCGCGGAACAGUCCUCGUGUGUCACUGGAGGCCCCCGACAAAAAACACGUUAAACUCGAUAAGUCGCUUUUUGCGUCUCAUUCGAUUCAUGGCAUGCGUAGAGGGCGCAGGGUUGGACUAGGCGCCAAUCACCAAUUGCACGAGUUUCUAGCAUCGAAAAAGCUCAAUUUUGCAACAUUUCACGUCUCGAUUCGAAAAGUUUUUUUCAACUUGAAAGAGGUUUUACCUAAAUUCGGAGAUUGCGAAAUUACAGUGUCGGACAUUGAUUGCUUCAAGUUGAACCAAGAGUUCUUUGGCUCAAUCUCAACAUUGCGCAUCCUUAGACUGAAGGAUUCAUUCACGCAGCCAUUUCUCCAGGAUUAUCGAGAAUCUGGAGACACUAGCAACCCAGCUCGUGGGACUCCAACUAUACUAAUGAAGCUCAGGCUGAAUGAGAGGGUAACCACGCUAGAGAUUUCCUGCUGCGAUUUUGUCGUAGAGUACUACACCCACUGGCUCACUUUUCUCGGUAAAGAUGAAUCCAUCAUCGAGGCGGUGGAGGAGGAAUUGGUUGAAUUGUCUCCUGCAAAGCCCAAAAGGCGCUCGGAUUUUGCCGGAAGAUUCGACAUCAGGUGCUCAGUGUACAACUGCAUGAUCGGACUUUCACCGGGCCGAUUGGCUUGUAAAAGCUACUGGACGGUCGCAAAGGGAAAUGUGGAUUUUGUGUUUUCAGCAAGCCAAUUUUACAUCAAGAGCUCCUUGCGUGACAUAUCAUGUCUUUUAAUCGACGAUGUUGAAAACGAGCAGUCACCAGCAUCGAAAGAAGACGAGAAGAAAUUGAAAAUGAAGCAGAAUAAGAAGCAAGGAAUGCAGGAUCCCGAGACUGCGCACGUCGAGUAUGUAUUGGAUCGAGGCUAUACGCAAGUCGGAAGCCUCAACGUGGCGCAUGUCGGAGUGACGUUCAACACCGACAUUGAAGCGAUUCGAAAGCGGAAUCAAGAACUGGGCAUACACGAAAGCUUGUCUGUAAUUGAUUUCAAAGUAAACACCGACGAGAUUCAGUUGGAAUUGUGCGCAGACUCAAUGAACUCAUUUAUGCAACUAUUGAAUGAUCUCAAGCUCCCGUACAAUUUUGACGAGGAGGAUAAAACUAGGGUGACGCUAUCGAAGGAUAUGGACUUGUUUCGAGAUUUGGACUUUGAAAAGUACAAGGAGACUGCCGAUGAAUUUGCCAAGUUGAGCCUACAAAGCGAUAGCGUUUCAAAUGUCUCGCAGUCACAGGACGGGUCUUUGGAGUUCCAAGAGGAGCAUUUUAAUGUAUUUGGCUCUAAGUUCAAUUUCGAUGAUAAAAACGUCGAUCCUCUUAGGGUAACGGUGAACUUGGCGAGAAUCAAGCUCUUCUUGUAUGACGGAUACGACUGGAAGGACACAAGAAAAGCCGUUAGAAGGGCCGUGAAGACCAUUGAACAGGAACAACAAAUUGCACUGGGGAAGAGUGCCAAUACAAGUCGCGAGGCAACCUCUGAAAAUGCAGCUGGUACUAGUGCUGGUACCGGUGGGAGUCUGUUAAACGAGGACUCGCUGGUUAUUGAGGAGACUUUGUUUAGUUCCAUCCACCUUAGUGCUCCCAAGACGGCCAACAGAGCAGACUUGACCAGAAGCAUCAACGCCGACAUCAACAACAGCAACAACGACGACGAUGUGUUUGUGGACGAGAAGAAGAUGGAUGCCAAUAUUCAAAACGGCAAAAACUACAAGAACCUCAAGCUCAGAAGGUCUGCAGACUAUAAAGUGUUUGCUGAUGUCAAAGGAGUAGACAUUGGCGUGAUUGUAUACUCCACGAGGGACCCUCGUCGCGACAAGACUGAUCCCGACUUGAAAUUUGAGCUCCUCAACAUGGUCGAAGUGAGUUUGGAGAAUCUUGAUGUGUAUGAUAACGUGCCCACUUCAACUUGGAACAAAUUUUUAUCUUAUAUGAAUAGCUUGGGAGAACGCGAGGUUGGCACGAGCAUAUUGAAGCUCAACAUUGUGAAUGUGAGGCCGCAGCCAUCUUUGGUUGCUGCUGAAGCUGUGAUUAAAACAUCCAUCUUGCCUUUGCGGUUGCACAUUGACCAGGAUACAUUGGAUUUUUUGGUUCGAUUCUUUGACUUUAAAGACACUCGGUUUGAGUUACCACCUGACGAAAUCUUGUAUAUCCAAAAAUUCAACAUGGACAAGGUCAAGUUAAAAGUCGAUUACAAGCCAAAAAAAAUUGAUUACGUUGGUUUGAGGUCGGGCAAGUCGGCCGAGUUUGCAAAUUUCUUUGUUCUUGACAGCUCAAGGAUUACAUUGCCCACGACGGAACUUUAUGGACUCUUGGGGUUUUCUGAUUUGGGUCGUGGCUUGGGUCGAGCAUGGGCCCACGUGUUCCAGCUGACUCAAGUGUUGGGAAUUGUUUCCGGAGUGUCGUCGUUGAGGUCCAUCGUGAAUAUAGGAAGUGGGUUUAAAGACCUCGUGGUGGUGUCGAGGAAGGAGUACAAGAAGGAUGGCAGGUUUUGGAGAAGCUUGCAAAAGGGAACAACUUCUUUUGUCAAAACCACGGGCUAUGAGCUUAUCAAUAUGGGGGUGAAGGUAGCUUCUGGUACGCAAGUGCUUUUGGAGCAAGGGGAAGAGUUGUUGGGAGGCGAGGGGGCCUCGGCCAGGAUUGCCAAGCCCGUUAGACGAAAGUCCGAUGCGUCAGACAAUUCAUUUGACGCGGAGGAAGCUGUUGGUAAGCCCAACAAUUUGAUGAUUAGCUCGGAACUUUUGAGCAAGGCUGCGGCAAAGUAUGCCCAGAGCAAUCUUUUGCGGAGCAACAAGUUGUAUGCAAAUCUUGACAUGGAAGACGAGUAUGACUCCUUUGGCAGCAUCAAUAAGGAGCUACUUAGCAGGUCCAUUUUUUUAUUAGCGCCUGAUGAUCUUGAAAGCGGGGGAGUUAGAGACCGAGAACAUUUACGGCAACAACAACGAGAAUAUGGAGAAGAAGCUUUCGAAAUUUAUGCUUUGGAAGAAGAAGAAGAAGAAGACAUUGAAGGGGAUGGCGAUGGCGAAGGCGAUGGUGACGGAGAUGAAGAGGAAAUGAUGGAGAAAAUGGUUAGUUUGUACUCAAACCAGCCUCGAACGAUUCAGCAGGGGCUCAAAGAGGCCUACAAAUCACUAGGGAAAAACUUCAAGGUGACCCAGAAUCAAGUGUUGAAACUAACAGAGGAAUUGAAUGGCAAGGAAACGGUGCAGGACACGUUGCUUACUAUUUUGAAGAACUCGCCGGUGAUUAUGAUCAGACCGAUGAUUGGCACAACAGAGGCAUUGUCGAAAACUUUAAUGGGGAUUGGAAAUAUUAUAGACUCAAAGCAUAUGGUGGAAAACAGGGAUAAGUAUAGAAGCGGCGGGGCUAGUGAUGACGAUGAAAGUAAAUAA